AUGGAAAUGCCAGAAAUGGAUGUUGACCUUUCUCUCUUCGUUGAAUUCCUCAACUUCACUUAUCCUCCCAUAGACGAGCUGGGGGUCCCUUGUAACGUCUCUAUCUUGGGCUUGAGCAGUGUUGGUCUAAUGAUCACCUACAUCGCUGUGUUCAUCCUCAGUGUGCUGGGUAACAGUGUAGUCAUCUACGUGGUAUGCUGCAUGGCCAGGGGCCGGACCACCACAGACGUCUAUCUGAUGCACCUAGCAAUGGCUGACCUCCUCUUCUCCUCGACCCUCCCCUUCUGGGCCGUCUAUGUCUACUCCCACUGGAUUUUCGGUACCUUCCUCUGCAAGUUCCUGUCUGGCCUCCAGGAUGCUGCCUUUUAUUGUGGGGUUUUCCUGUUAGCGUGCAUUAGUGUGGACCGCUACCUGGCUAUCGUGAAGGCCACGCAGGCACUGGCCCAGCGGCGCCACCUGGUGGGGUUGGUGUGCGGAGCCGUGUGGCUGGGGGCGGGGCUACUUUCGUUGCCCGUGGCACUCCAACGGGAGGCUAUCCAACCCGAGGAUCUUGAAGGCCAGAUAAUCUGCUUUGAGAACCUGACUGCGGCGAGCAGCGACCGGUGGCGGGUGGGAGUGCGGGUGAUUCGCCAUCUGCUGGGCUUCUUCCUGCCACUGUCGGUCAUGGUCGUCUGCUACAGCUGCACUGCAGCGACGCUGUUCCGUGGCGUGCGCAACGGCGGCCAGAAGCACAAGGCCAUGCGCGUCAUCCUGGCCGUGGUGCUGGCGUUCGUGGCAUGCUGGCUGCCGCGCAACAUCAGCGUGCUGGUAGACACGCUGAUGCGGAGCGGCUCGCUGGGCGAGGAGACGUGUGAGUUCCAGAACAAGGUGAGCGUGGCGCUGUAUGUGACUGAGGUGAUGGCGUUCCUGCACUGCGCCGUCAACCCCGUGCUAUAUGCCUUCAUCGGGCAGAAGUUCCGGAACCAGCUCUUGGUGGUGCUCCACAAGCAUGGGCUGAUCAGCAAGAGGUUGAUGGUGGCGUACCGCAGUGGCUCAGUCAACAGCACGGCCAGUCAAAGGUCUAGGAACACCUCUGUUACCCUGUAA